AUGAGGUAUAGUCAUUUUACAAGCCGGAGUAUAGGUUUUAUUAUUAUUUUCGAGUUGAUAGCUGUUACGUUUUCCCUGGGUAACAGCAAGAAUCGUUUUGUUAAUCCACCAGCAGCCAAUUCAGCCGACAACCCACAAUGGUAUCUUGGUGAACUGCAAACAGUUUCGUGGAUAACUGAAUUGAAAGAUUAUGAGAUAUCCAUAUGGCAGCAAUUCCCCACGGAGAGUGUCGCAAACUAUAGCGGUGUUGUUUUCUCAACAAGCUCAGGAGCGUCUACAAACUUUACCUGGGCUGUACAAACUUACGGCCGCGAUUUGGACUUUUCUAACGUUUUCUUUUUCUGGGCUGGACGUGGAGAUGAGAAUACUUUCACGUCAAACUAUUUCAACAUAUCAAAAGAAAAGCCCCCAACCCAGACGACCUCAGCCAUCUCUACCCCGACACCCUCGCCAACAGAGGUUGAAAUACCUAGUUCUUCAGCAGAACCGCCUCGAGAUAAAAUAGACCAGAAGAAAGCUGGACUAGCUACAAAAGCCAAAAUCGGGCUAGGAGUAGGGCUGUCAGUUGGCGUCCCCGUCUUAGUUUUUAUCUGCUUUAUGGUUUACAAGGCCACCCGACGGCGGAAGAGACCAGUGAUACCGCAAACCCAAGACGAAAGGGAAAUAUCAGAACUUCCAAGUAAGAGGCAAACAAGUCUCCUUCACGAGCCUGUUGAACUACAAGGUGAAGAGGUUAGACAGAGCUAG